AUGGAGGUGCCCGGGCCCCUGGUGUCCAGCAGGCCCGGAGAUACCUCGGUCAAAUGGCAGCUCUGCUACGACAUGACGGCCAAGAUGUGGUGGAUGGAAGCUUAUGAAGGCGAGCGGGUGGCCGGGGGCCGGGUCCACGCCGUCCCAGGGGGCAGCUCGGCCCCUGCAGGGGUGACUUCGACCUCGCUGGCACCGUCCCAGCGGCGCCCGGCCCCUCCGCCCCGAGCUCCCCCGAGCAGGGGUCGAGGAGAGCUGGGCCUCAGGAGGGAAGUGGCCGGGGGUGGGGGGGACACUGGGGUAGAGCGGGAGCGGGGUGCCCGCCACCCACCCCCAGUGCUGCCCGGGAACCACCAGCCCCUGAUCUGGGCUCCGGGGGACACGUUGAACUGGCUUUCUCUCAUCUGUCACUCGGCCCUGUUCACGGGGCCGGGGGCGGGCGCCCCAGACAGGCCUCCUCUGGGAGCCGGGUCCAUGGCCCAGCCUCCCGACCCCCUGUGCCCCGGCCACCCCUCCCCUCUCCAUGAAGAUCCAGGUGGGGCCUCUGCCCCUCAAAACCAGCGCCAGCUGGUGGAAGGGGCCGGGCGGCACGGCUGGCGGAGUGUGGCCGAGAGACGGGUCGGCGAGGCCACCGAGACGGCGCCGGGGGGCGGCGAUGUCGGGGUGCCCGCCUCCCCGCUCUGCCCCUUUGCACAACCCGGCAGCACAGCCGGAAAUCGCCGUGCCAACGACUCUCGCCCUCUAGAAGGCACCCCCCGCCAGCGCACACCCACCGGGAUGGUCCUUGGGCUGCUGGUGGCUGUCGCCAGGCUCCCUUCUGCCCCUCGGCUGGGGACAUUGCUUGCCGGCUGCCUCCUGCAGGCAGCUGGAGGACACGGGGGGCUGGACCGCAGGAGAGCCUACUGUGCGCUCUCGUUGAGCCCGGGGCAGCCUGCGGUCACCAGGCAGAGCACAGAGCCCCGGGCAGGACCAGGCUGCGAGGAACUGGCAGGGGGCGGAGCCCAGGGCAGGCCUGGUUGCAACAUCGGAGGGUGGCAUGCCUGCGUGCCCGGGCAGUGCCACUGCCUCGGCCCGCGGGCCCGCCGGGCAAGAGCGCGGCUGCGAGCGGGCGCCAGGACCCGGGGGCGCAGGGCCCGGUUAGAGCCACCCUGCCGCCAUGCCAAUCAGGAGCCGGCUGGGUACGGCCUGGCCAAUGAGAAUGCCCCACUGCGCCAGACGCAGAGCCUGGGAGGGGGGAAGGGGGCGGCGCCUACUCUGCGGCGGCCGGCGGAGGGGGGACUGCGGGAGAGCGCUGGGGGCGGGGGGGCGCUGCGGCACCGCGUCCCAGCCCGCAGUGGAGGCGUGUGUCCGAGACGCCCCAGCGGCUGUGAGCGCGGGUCCCCGCGCGUCUGGGUGACCCCGCAGGCCGUGUGUGUCUGUGCCACGCUGCAGGCACCGAGGGUGUGGGUCUGCGCGCACGGUGUGCGUUGUGUGUCCGUGUCGGAGUCCAGGAGGCCCGGGCCGCGAGUGUCCCCGAGCCGCCUGCGCGUGUGUGUGUGUGUGUGUGUGUGUGUGUGUGUGAGCGCGCGCGCGCCGCGGCGAAGGUGGAUCCGCUCGCUCCGCAGCCAGCCCGACCCGGGCCCCACGACCCGCGGCCGCCGCUCGCCCGGCCUCCCCUCGCGCGGGCCGGGCCGGGGAUGGAGGCGCAGCCGGAGCCGCCGCAGCCCGGGCCGGGGCGCGGAGCGGCCUGAGGCGCGGGCGGCGCGCGGGACCGGGGGGAGGGCGGGCCGAGGGGAGGGUCCUGCGGGCCGGGGGGGCGGGCGCGGCGCGCCCCCUCCCUCGCGCGCUCGCUCCCUCCCCCGCGCGCCCUCCCUCGCCGCCUCCUCCCGCCGCCUCCGGCCCCCCCUCGCCGGGGACCGAGCGCGCUCGCUCCGGCGCCGGCCUCGCCUCCUCGCAGCAGCGCCAUGGUACGUCGCCGCCCCCACUUUCGUUUUCGCCCGGGGAGUUUUUGGGGUGGUGCGUGGGCUCCGGGCGAAAGUUGCAAGGUCUGGGGGGGCAGGGGGCGGGGGCCGCCUGAGGGAGGGGCUCGAGGCGGGGACCCCCCCCGCCCGCCCGUCGCCGCGGGACCCCCGCCCGCCGAUCGCCCCCCCCCCGCGGCUGGGGGCGGAGCUGGCGCGCGGCGGGGGACCCCAAGUGGGGGGCCCCUCGCGGGCGCCGCGGAGUUGGCGGGGAGGGCGGGGCUCCCGGGAGAGGGUCCCCCCACCCCGAGGCCGGGCCCCCGCCCCCUCCCUGGCCGGGCCGGAGGAGGGAGGGAGGGAGGGCGCGGCCCGGGGCGCAAGACCCCCGAGCGCGCAGCCCGCGGAGGAGCCGGGGCCGGGGAGGGGGCGCGCGGCGGGCCGUGCGGGGCGGGGGGCGCGGCGGCCCCCGCGGGGUGCCCCGGGCCGGGCGAGCGCGGCGCGCCAGCUAGCGGAAAAUGGCCGCUGCGGAGAGGGGCGGAGAGCGCGCAGCGGCCGCCGCCGGGCGCCUUGA